CACCCAUCACCCAACAAAACUAAAUUAACGCAUUAAACGACUGGAGUUUGGUGUCUCUUGAGAUGGAAGAACCCAUCUCACAAUUUUGACAGCGACAACAAAUUAAAAACUCCCCACCACCACCGCCACCAGCAGCAGAGAAGCAUCUCAACCACCGGCAAUAUAUACUGAACGACGAAACAAGAAGAAAGCGUAUUAGUAAAUAAAUAAAAAAGACGACCUUUUUUCAUCUCUAUUUGAUUCUGUCAAAUCUCUCUUGCCGGCACCAUUGACUGAGUCCCCCAAUUUGAGUCAAAGAACGUAUUUUUCUUGGAAUUUUUGAGGUGGGGGUGCCAGCUUAUUGGUGCUUGGUGAAGAGAUUUGAUUGUAUUGUUGACGUGAUUGAUUGAUUUCUUGCAAAUGUGGGGGAGCGCGGCAGAGCCUGCGGAUUCUUAUUAUGAGGUCCGCCCGGAGUGCACCGAUGUGCCCAAGACCCGAUUUAAAAUCAAGCCUGGUAAAACCCUUAGUGCAAGGAAAUGGCAGGCUGCAUUUUCCACUGAAGGAUAUCUGGAUAUGGGCAAAGUUCUAAAUCGAAUUCAACGUGGGGGUAUCCAUCCAUCAAUUAGAGGAGAAGUUUGGGAAUUUCUGCUUGGUUGUUAUGAUGCUAAGAGCACAUUUGAUGAGCGAGAGCAGAUUCGCCAGCAUCGAAGAGAGCAAUAUGCUACGUGGAAGGAAGAGUGUCGAAAAAUGUUUCCCAUUGUUGGAAGCGGCAAGUUUAUUACAGCACCUGUAAUCACUGAACAUGGUCAGCCCAUUCAAGAUCCUUUAGUACUUCAACAAACAAAUCUCGGAAAGGGUCCUUUAACCCCUCAGGAGACUGCAAAUGCUUCUAGUAUGGACAUGAUUAAGGAGCUUACAAGUCGUGGUCCGCUGGACAAGAAAGUGAUCCAGUGGAUGCUUACACUUCAUCAAAUUGGUCUCGAUGUGGUUCGCACUGACAGGACAUUGGUGUUUUACGAGAAACAAGAAAAUUUGUCAAAACUUUGGGAUAUUCUUGCUGUCUAUGCAUGGAUAGACACAGAUGUUGGCUAUUGUCAAGGAAUGAGUGACCUUUGCUCCCCCAUGAUAAUGCUCCUUCAAGACGAAGCUGAUUCAUUUUGGUGCUUUGAACGAUUGAUGCGUAGAUUGCGAGGAAAUUUCAGAUGCACCGAGACCUCAGUAGGGGUGGAGGCACAGCUUAGUAAUUUGGCAGCAAUUACUCAGGUUGUUGACCCAAAACUUCAUCAGCACUUAGACACUCUAGGUGGAGGUGACUAUCUAUUUGCCUUCCGGAUGCUUAUGGUUUUGUUUCGUCGAGAGUUUUCCGUUUGCGAUUCCCUGUACCUCUGGGAGAUGAUGUGGGCCUUGGAAUAUGACCCUGAUUUGUUCUCCAAGUACGAAGAUCCUGAUGUCACAGCUGAUAAGGGUGAGGGAUCUAAAGGAAAGCCGAAGUCAAUACGACAGUUUGGGAAGUUUGAGAGAGAAAAUGUGAGAAAUGGAGCGAGUAAUUCAGAUGCUCCACUCCCCAUUUCUGUUUUCCUUGUUGCCAGCGUUUUGAAAGAGAAGAGCUCAAAGUUAAUGACCGAAGCUCGUGGCCUGGAUGAUGUUGUCAAGAUAUUGAAUGACAUAACCGGAAAUUUAGAUGCCAAGAAAGCUUGCACUGGGGCAAUGAAACUUCACAAGAAAUAUUUAAAAAAGGCCAAGAAGCCAUAGUUUUACCACAUAAGCACACGAUUCUUUUUUUUUUUUUUUCUUUUCUGCGGAUUCAGAAGAACAAGGGAUGCCUAUGCAGUUCUCUUUUAUCUUAUCUUGCUGAUCUAUAAGGUCUGAAAGUCUCUACUCAGGGACCACACAAUCAUACAAUUGGAGCAAAAUGCUCUUGUAGAAGCAAUUUGUUGUAUGUGAAAUCAGUCUGUCUCAUUCUUUGUACACGGAACGUUCUUUGCACAUACAACUUCGCUUUAUUCAAUGAAAUACAGAGAAAAUAAUAUGCCUAUACCAAAA